UGAUGGAAAAAAAAAUCCCUCAAUAGUCUAAUUUCGUCUGCAUCUGUGAAUUUAUGGUGACCUUGGUCAUUGUGUUGUUUAACUACUGUAGUAUCAUGUUCCUACAGGGACUGGUACCUCUGCAUUUGUUGUGCAAAAAUGUGGUGUAUGAUUACUCUGGUUCUUUACAGCAGUGGAAACCCUACAAGACACAAUGCCUGCCAGAUUUUCUGGAGCUCCUGUAUGGCCGACAUUGUGCCAUUGUGCCCGUUUUUCUGGUCCUUUGUGUUUUAUUUACAACAUUCUCUGUCUCUUUCUCAUCCUACAUUACCCAGAUCCACCGAGAGUCGGCCCCGCUUUCAUUGGCCUGUCUCCACUUUCCCUCUCAGCCUCCGCCGUCUGGUGGGAUCUGCGCACAAAGAUCGCGGAGCCAAUCACAAAAAACCUUUGAUAACUCUCAGCAAAUCACUGCGAGCCUCUUAUUUACAUAGAGACGGGAUGAGCCAAUCAGGAGUCGGUACAGGAGAGGAUUUUGAAUCCGUUACCCAAUGGCUGUAGGAGGUAUAGAGUUUUGGGGAGUGCAUAUAAUCAACAUAUUAUCGAAGGUGCUUAGAUAUCGAUCCUCCAUUUCGAGGUAGUUCAAAUUCGUCUCUACUGGACCUUCGGUUUUGACCUUAAUUUUUUCCUGUGCUUGGUGGAGAAUAAUUGACGCGUAAAAAUGCCGAAGAGAAAGUCUCCAGAGGGUCCUGAGGGCAAGGAGGCAUCCAAAGUCACAAAGCAGGAGCCCACCAGAAGGUCAGAGAGAUUGUCAGCGAAACCUGCUGCACUCAAGCCUGAGGCCAAGCCCAAGAAGGCCAUUGUCAAGAAGGUGGCAGAUGAUAAGGGGGCAAAGGCAAAGAAAGGCGGCGCUAAGGGUAAGAAGGAUGACGGCCCCGCCCAGAACGGAGAGACCAAGACCAAUGAGGUAACUGAAGCAGCGGAGGAGGCGACUGAGGAGAAGGCGUAAAGACACGGACGCGUCCACCGACACGUCCCCUCUGACUCCAUGGCAGCAAAGCAUCUUUUUUUACUGACGAUUUUUGUACCAUGCUGAAUUUUUUUUAGACUUGUGAUAGUAUAGACGGACGACCAGCAGUCCCAUAUGAGAUGUUCACACUCCUUUCAGCUCCCCAAGCGACAGUAUGUUUUUGCUCGAUUCUCCUCCCUCCUCCAUUCUGUAUUGCUUACACUCCUCUCAGAAACGGAAAGACAGAAUGAAGUGUUUUUAUCAGGCGGCUGCAGAUGUUCUUCAUCUUGCCUGAAGGGGGCCGUAAACACGACUGUUAUGAUCUCUAAACCAGCUCUGCCUAUAUUUGUAGUCUCUACGAAACAUUAUUAUUAUUGGCACUCUGACUAUGUCCCCCUGAUGGUUGAGGUGAGGAUUUGUGGAUGCGUAUCAGAGGUUUGCAGAGCUACAAGAAACCAGUCGCAGUGGAGAACAUCUGCA